GACGCCGCAGGUAAACAACUUCAAUGAACGUGUUGGCACGUUAGAGCUGGAGAUGUCUGAAGACGGCACAAACAAUGAUCCAAAAGCAGAUUCAGUGGGCCUCUUUCUCAGAGCCAUGGUUGAUCGUGAGCCUGGGAAGCGGAAAGUGAAGGCGUCUAAAGCUGCCCUCAUAGACCUUGCUCUCCUGGACAUGGGCGAUAGCAGCGAUGAUAGUGACUUCAACGUUGAUGAAGCAAAGCUCAAUGACGAUGAUGACAUCUCCAUCAAUAGUGAUCCUGAUGCUGAUGAUGGCAGUAGCUCUGAUGAUGAAGAUGAGGAUGGCAGCAAUUCUGAUGUUGAAAAUGCAAUGCUGCCUGAAGAUGCACAGCCAUCAACAAAUGGUCUCAGCAUGCAAAAGUUGCUGGAAAGUGCACAGAAGAAACAGAAGAUUGAUGGCCACAAAAUUCUCGUGUGUGCUGUUUGUCUUGGAGACAACUCAGAUGAUGCUAAUGAAAUUGUCACCUGCGAUGGUUGGUGUCAUGUCAGCGUGCAUGAGGGAUGCUAUGGUGUCAGUGAUACAGUGUCAGUGUCAUCCACAGUGUCAUCAUGUUCCACUGAACCCUGGUUCUGUGACGCCUGCAAAGCUGGCGUUCGUAACCCACCUUGUGAGCUCUGUCCAAAUCUUGGACACAGCAUUUUUAAAGAAACAGAAAUGGGCCGCUGGGUGCAUCUUGUCUGUGCGCUCUACGUUCCUGGUGUGGCUUUUAGUGAGGUGGAUAAGCUCUCUUUCCCGACGUUAUUUGAGAUGGCCUACAGCCGCUGGGGCAGCAAAGUUUGCUCUCUGUGUGAGGAUAUUCGUUAUGCCAAGACAGGCGUUUGCAUAGGCUGUGAUGCAGGCAUGUGCCGUUCAUAUUUCCAUGUGACGUGUGCACAACGGGAGGGCCUUUUAUCAGAAGUAAACCAUGGAGAAGCAGAUCAAGCGGAUCCUUACUAUGCUCACUGCAAGUUACACACAGACAAAGAGCUCAUGAAGCGCCGCAAGCGCAACUGGCUCACGCUCCAGCUUCAUGUCAAGCACACCGAUAGUGCCGUCAUCAGCGACAAAGAUCAAAGCCGACUGGACCGGAAGCUUGUGAAGUAUAGGGAGAAGUACGACCAGGUGAAAGCAGCUCGACCUACACCGUGGUUCCCUACACAAAAGAUGCCGCGAUCCAUCAGCACCUGCGCCAGUCUCUUCAGGACGCUGCUGCACAAAACGCAACUCAUGGGGUUGCCCACUGAGACGCACGAGGCGGAAGUUAAUGCAGUUGGGGAUAUUAGGAAAAAGUGGCACGUACCUCCGGCCUUCUCAGUUGAAUUCACAAGCUAUUAUGUCGACAGGGGCCGCAGGCUGAAAGAGAUGAAAUCAAAACUGGAGCAGCUGCUUGCUGAGAAUGCAAAGCUUUCAGAAGAUGACAGGAAAAUUAGUGAACUCCUUGCUGAAGCAGAGCGAGAAAAUAAAGCUGAAAACGAACUAAAGGACUCGCUUCUCGCUAAAAGUUUGGAGCUUCACAAUAUAUUGAAAGGCCUUGCCGGCCGCCCACUGCCCCUACCUCCAGUGGUAGCCGCCAUUCACAACUCAUUGACGGCAGUGCCGCCGCCUGAGCCGCCAGUCAAUAACCAGCCUGGCCUGGGAGGAGGCAGGGAGACAAGGAGGCUCAUCACUAAAGCUGCUGCCAAGAUGAUGUCUGAUCCUCUACCGUCUAAUAUGAGCGGAGUGUUAGGGCCGAGAAUAGGGAGCACCAUUCCCGAACGCCAGGCUCCGGCUGACGUGAUGAUGACAGCGUCAACGCCAGCUGCACCUCCCGCGUCUGCGGGGGAGAUCGUCCCCUCACUGACUCCUAAAGACCCGAAUCUUGAUACGCCAUCCACGCCUCCUGCCAAAGCAUCUAAUUCUCGUGACAGAGAGACGCACACGUGCAGCGUGUGUCUGCAAACAAAUGACCAGCACCUGCAGAUCUUAUGCGACACUUGCGCCCUCUACUACCAUCUCUGCUGCCUCGACCCGCCCCUCUCUAGGAUGCCAAAGAAAACUAAACAAAUGGGAUGGCAAUGUUCAGACUGCUGUCGCACCUCAGACUCGGAAAAGCUGCCUGAAGUUGACACAAAUGCGCCCCGACAGCUUCGCAGGAUCAUCAAAGAGCCUGCCAAGUUCUCGCCCUCCGUCACAUCUGAGCAGAAGACACUGGACCGCUCCCCCCCUCCUUGCUCCUCCCCUGUCCCCGAGCCAGCGUCGAGCACCAAGAACAAAGCUUGUGGCAGCGCCAUCACGACGCCGGUGAAGCGACGCCGUAGCAACGAUGGUGCCAAGCGAACGUCGACGUCGUCAAUGAAGCGUGCUAGGAAGACGAUAGAGAACGUUAUCAGUGACGUCACCAAGGAUAUUAUCAGAGAUGAGAAACUUAAACAGGAUAAAGCGACACCAAUAUCUCCUCUAGGGUCACCUGGUAGCAGAACACGCAGGGGGCAACACGGGCCUACUGAUCAAAAGAAAAUAUUGCAUGAUUUACCUACGCUUCAGAAUACAGACCCUUCCGCUUCUGAUGCGAGUCAAAGCAACUUGACCAGUGCGAAGAAAGACCAUAUUGAUGGUAGUUCUAUAAACGAUACCAAAGACAGCAGUAAGUGCCAAACUUCGUGUGCCGAACCUAAAACAACAAACCUGACUCAGCCGUGUGGUACAGUGACAAAAAGUAUAACUCCAUCUGACAAUACUGCAUCGGGUGUACCCUUAUCGCUUCCUGAUCCAAACAAGUCUUGUGUAUCGUCGUCAUCCAGUACUUCUAAUAAUUCAUCAACUUCAUUAGCUUCUUCCUCAUCAUCUGUUUCUAUUUAUUCUCCGGCCCCUACUGUGGUCUUGUCGUCUUUAUCCACACCCGUAUCUGCAAUACCUACCUCCGUUUUACCCACGACAUCCCCUUCAUCCGUGUCAGCGUUGAGUGUCAGCUCUCCAUCCACAGUCACGCCCGCGUUAUCUGUCUGCUCGCCGUCCCCGUCUAUACUCGACAUCAGCGCUGACACGUUACCGUCUGCUCUGCACUCACCUGUUGCUGAUUCUGCCCCAAGCCACGAGGAAGACGUGUCUGCCUCCAGUCCCAGGAAAGAAAAGCGACACAGAGAUGGAUCCAAGAAAAAGAAGAAGGAGAAGGAGCGAGAUAAAGAGAAGAGCGGUGAGAAGCGUCGCAAGAAGCACCACCACUCGUACUGGCAGAGCAACCAGACGUCGGAGAUGCUAGCUCCUCUGCGACUCAAGAUCAAACCGCUGCCUCCGCGUCCCAGCGAGGGUGUCACCCCUGACCCCCCCUCGUGCACCAUCAUAGAAAUCAACGCCUCCUCCUCCACCGCUAACGUCUUGCUCCCCUCUUCGUCCUCUUCAAGUCUUGAUGACGCCUGUGCUGCCUCAACCGUGGGCUGCGCACCGGCAAGUGCCACGUCCCACGCAAGCGAGAGCAGCAACAGUAGCAGUGAGAGCAGCAGUCGGGUGUCUCCUCCUCCUUCUGGCUACCCAAACCUUCCUCCUGGGUACACCCUUACCCAACCCAUGCUACAGCGUCCUUCAUCUGAUAAAACUUCUGCAUCUCCAACCACUGCGGGUGAUGCGUGCUCUCGUCGUAAGAGCGACGGCGGCAGCGCUGGGUGCAGCCAGCAGUUCAGCAAGUGCGACGUUUGUGGCGAGACCGGCGGGGUAACAAAUACGGUCAGUUGCGACGAAUGUCACAAGGCAUACCACUUCAACUGCCUUGAACCUCCCCUGAAGAAAACCCCCAAGCGUCGUGGUUACUCGUGGUACUGCGAAGACUGUGAGCCUUCCAAGUAACGCUCGUCGGCACAAAGCUCUCAUUGCAGCCGGUAGACUGGCUACGUCAUCAGCCUUGAAUCAAGCAAGAUAUCUUCCAAUGAACAUUUUUACGCCGUUUAGUGUUUGUAUUAAUUGAUCUGGGAGCUUAUCUUUUUGAACGGAUCAAGGCGAUGUUGGUCGGCUGCAACUCUUGACUUUACUUUUAAUUAUGCCAUGUCACAAAUCUCAAGAGUGGUUGUGAUAUUGAGUUAAAUAAUUUGGUGGCCAAGUUUAGCAUAAGAUAGUCCGUAUUUUGGCGAGAACAUGAUAGGUUAAAAUCGACGCUCAACAGUAAAAUACUUGAAUAUAACUAUUAUUUACUAGUCUUCUUUCUUGACGAUUUGAUUUGGACUUUAUUUAUAGUUUAAAACUUCUUCCUUUGUUGCUUUGUUCCAUAGCUCCAAUGCACGCGUACUUUUAAAGGAACUAGUUACAAAUUGAUGACCAAUUUCCGACAUCAGUAAUUAUACAGAUGCUUAUGCUUUUAAUUAUAUAGCUCGUUCCAGUGUAAAUUUUUAUUUAAAUGAUUGAGUUUGCCGACGAUAUUUUUUAGCGCGGCAGCGCCCAACGUUUCACUGUUUUAAUGCAUUCAUCUGCUGUCUUUAGCUGGCAAACUACUACGAUACUGUUAAUUGUCCCUGCAAGUGGUGGGUGCGACAGUUUUGCCCGUGUGUUUCCCAGGAGACUACGCUCAUGUUUAGUUCAAUUUAUAUCUGUGAUAUGUACGUUCUUAGGUUUUGACUCAAAUUGGUAUAGGCAGGUCACUGAAGACCCGUGCCAUUCGUAGGCAGUUUACUGACCUGACUGAGCUCUUACUUGUUCAAUAAUUUAAACGGCUUCUCCUCUCCUUAUCUGUACUUAGAGUUGAUAAAUGUAAAUUUUUUGUUACGUAUUAUUUGUAUAAUAGUUAAGCUCUGAGGUCGAAUCUCUGUAUGAAAAAAUUUAGCUCCUAGCUAUCGCGCCAACAAAAAUUAUAAUUUGUUACUUUCUCGCCAUCAAAAAAGAAUUUUAAGUUUUAGCUUGUAUUGUCUUUAAUAUCUCAGAAUGUCAUUUCUAUCUGGCGAAUAGUCUGCGCUACAUCUCAGCAACUAUCAAGGUACUCUGGCAGCGUAUCAUGAGAGCCAUGCUAACAAAGCAACGUUUGUUCACUCUACGAGACUACCUCUGAAAUCUUGUUCUUAUUCGUAAUUUUAAUUACUUGAAAACUCUCUCUCUUCUUUCUUGCUGUCUUCCCUGAAUAUAUUUAGUUCCAUAAUGAUGACACAACCGCUGAAAAUUUAAGAAGCUUUGAAGCAACUUGAUAAUUUUUCAGGGCACGCCUCUGAAGUUAUCGAUUUAUUUGGAUUUUAAUUAAAUUUGUUUAUACCUC